AUGGAAGAGCAAGAAAAAAGAACAACAGAACCAAUGCAAGAAGAAGAAAUAAAGAAAGAAGAAGAAACAGAAAAAAGAACAACAGAACCAAUACAAGAAGAAGAAAUAAAGAAAAAAGAAAGAAAUGAACAUAGAAACUACCCACCAUUAUUAAAAAUUUAUCCAAUUGAAAAUUAUCAAAUAGAUAAAAAAGAAAAAUUAGAUAAAUUAAAACAUCAAACAUUUGGAUAUCAAAUGGACCAACUUAAAAUAUCAGUUGAAAAGAAUCAUGUACCAAGAACAUCAGUUUAUGGAGUUAUUUUAGUUCAUAAAAAUAAUUUUCCACAUUUAUUAGUAUUACAAUCAAAUUUAUCAAUGGAUUUAAAAGAUGAAAUUCAUCUUGUUGGAGGAAGAUUAAAAAUUGGAGAAGAUGAUCCUGUUGAAGGAUUAAAAAGAAAAUUAAGAAAAAAAAUGUCAAUGGAAUAUAUUACACAUUAUGAAAUAGGAGAAUUACUUGGAACAUUUUAUAGAAUAGAAUAUGAUAAAAAUUUAUAUCCAUAUAUCCCAGUUCAUGUAAGUCAAGUCAAAGAAAUUAUUAAUAUUUAUAUGAUUCAUCUUGUUGAAAAAUGUGAUUUUAAAAUAUUUGAUACAGACAAAUUAAGUUCAAUUCCACUUUUUGCAUUACAUAAUAAUUUUGAAAAAUACAAUAUUACACUUUGUUCUAUUCCAACUUUAGUUUCAAGGUAUCUUAUGAUUUAUGGUUAA